CGUGUCUAUAGUAUUGACAAACAAAACACCGAUUGUUUGGUGUAUUGAUAGAGUGGAGUGACUGUGAAGUCGUGCCAAACAAUCAAUGGUCAUAUCAUUAGGCUUUGAGGGCAGCGCUAAUAAGUUGGGCAUUGGUGUCGUCAGAGAUGGACACGUGUUGUCUAAUCCAAGACUUACUUACAUCACACCAAUAGGAGAGGGUUUUGAGCCGCGAAAGACAGCCCAACACCAUCGGACACAUAUCCACGCAUUGCUGUCUCGAGCACUGAAGGAGGCGGGGGUGAGGGGUGAGGACGUGGAUGUGAUGGCUUACACGAAGGGGCCGGGAAUGGGCGCACCUCUCGUCUCAGUGGCGGUCGUCGCGCGAACUUUGGCUCAACUUUGGGACAAACCUUUGAUUGGAGUCAACCAUUGCAUCGCUCACAUAGAGAUGGGUCGACAGGUGACAGGAGCCAAGAACCCGACGGUGCUAUACGUGAGCGGAGGUAACACUCAAGUGAUUGCUUACAGUCAUCGCCGGUACCGCAUAUUUGGCGAGACUCUGGACAUUGCCGUUGGGAACUGUUUGGACCGAUUUGCCCGAGUAUUACAAUUGUCUAACGAUCCCAGUCCUGGCUAUAACAUUGAGCAGUUGGCCAAGAAAGGACACAAGUUUGUGGCGCUUCCGUAUGUCAUCAAAGGGAUGGACCUCUCGUUUUCGGGUUUACUUUCGUUUAUAGAAAGGUACCGGACCGACGAGGUGGAGGUGACGUGGAGGUGA